UCAUUAUUCAGUAUUUUGAUUAUAAUAUUUGAAAUAUAAUAUACCAUUGACGAUGAACAACAAUCAAAGGAAACAACAAUAUAAGGGAACACAUCAGAAACACUGAUACCGACGAAAUAAACACUAUGCCAACAUCAGCUAUUCCUACAGUUGAUCUCUCACCAUUCUUCACAGCCGGAGAUGACGAGUCAUGCCGGAAAAAGUGCAAAGACUUGAUAGCCGAAGCCUGCAGUGACUACGGGUUCUUUCAAAUAGUGAACCAUGGCGUCCCACUUGAUCUCAUCAACCAAGCAAUGGAGCUUUCCAAAACAUUUUUUAAUUACAACGAUGAGGUGAAACGUGAGUGUAGUUCCAGCCCAGAUUCACCACUUCCGGCUGGCUACAACAAGCAGCCGGAUCACUCACCUGAUAAAAACGAGUAUCUGCUCAUGUUCCCACCUGAAUCACCUUUCAAUGUCCUCCCUACCAAUCCUCCUGAUUUCAGGAAAAUAUUAGAAGAGAUGUUCAAAUAUUUCGUGACGACAUGCGAAAUAUUGGAGGCCAUAAUAAACGAUUGUUUAGGCUUACCUCCCAAUUUUCUCAAGGAAUACAACAAUGACCGAAGCUGGGAUUUCAUGGUGACUAUGCGGUAUCUUCCAGCAACGGAAAGUGAGAACAAUGGCAUAACUGAACACGAAGAUGGAAACUUGAUCACCAUUGUUCUACAGGAAGACAUCGGAGGUUUAGAGGUAUGCAAGGAUGGGGAAUGGAUUCCGGUGAUUCCUUCCAAGGGGACUCUUGUUGUGAACUUAAGCGAUGUUAUUCAGGUGUUGAGCAAUAAGAAAUUUAAAAGUGCGACUCAUAGAGUAGUGAGACCAAAGGGAAGACACCGGCAUUCAUAUGUGUUUUUCUAUAACUUGCAAGGAGACAAAUGGGUUGAGCCAUUGCCCAACUUCAGUAGUGCAAUCGGAGUAAAACCCAAGUAUAGAGGAUUUUAUUACAAGGAUUACCAGGCUUUGAGGAUGAGAAACAAGACACAUCCACCAUCGACACCUGAAGAAAUCAUCCGCAUCGCUCAUUACGAGAUUUAGUAAUCUCAUACAUAAUAAAAGAUUGUUUGUUUUCUUGC